UGGGAAUGAUUGGGACAAUCUGACCGGAUCUCGAAUCCAGAGAUGUCGCCGAAUGGCGACCUUCGUUGAGCAAAAUGGAGACGGGAGGCCCUACCUUUGUUACAGGGGAAAUCGAUGUCCUUGAUGUCACCCGAGCACUGGAUCAUCGAAUCCCUCUCCCAAUCGGCCACCUACUCUCCAUUUCGGAACAGGCGAACAAACGUAUGAUGCAGCAUUGCAAAGCGAACCGGAAGCGAUUUGCCCUUGCACGCGCUCAGAAGGCGAAGGCGCCGACUUCAAAGGAAAAGGCGGACUUCGCCCCUGACCCCAUCCGAGUCGGAUUGAUACAGAAAGAUGACCACUUUCUUCGGAUUAAGCCGAUUCCGUGGAAGUCAACCGAAUGUGAUAUUGAAGUCUGGGGAGUGCCGUAUAGUGCGGUCAUAGAUUCGGGAGCGGCUGUCCUAGCGAUAUCACUCCGAGUAGUCGAGAGAGGGGGUAGGAAGAAUGAUUUGAUUAUGCUAACGGAGAAGGACCAGCUCGUAUCGGAUGACGAGGAGAUGAUCAAGACAGUAGGGGGACUGACGAAUGUCGCGUCCCGAUUGGGAAAAGUGCAUGCUUUAGGAGAUGUUGUGGUGCUGGAUGUGAAUACGUAUGACCUGACUCAGGGGAUGAUUAACUUCUACAUCAUUGUGUACAUGGAUGACAUUCUGGUGUACUCGGACACGUUUCACGGACACGCGCAGCACAUCGAAUGGUCGUUGGGUGCGUUGAGAGACGCAGGUUUCAAGAUUGCGCUGGAAAAGAGCGAGUUUUUCCUCCCGGAAAUCUCAUUCUUGGGGUAUGUCGUAACACGAGGAGGCCUGCGGCCGGACUCUCGAAAAGUCGCGGCGGUCAAAGAGGCCCCGGUUCCGACCUCACUGACGCAGGUUCGAGCCUUCUUGGGCCUGGCCUCGUAUUACCGACGGUUCAUCAAGGGGUUCGCGGUUAUAGCAAGGCCUCUAACAAACCUGCUGCGAAAAGAACAGCCCCUUCAUUGGGAUGACGAGUGCGACCAGGCCUUCGAGGCCCUGAAGGAUGCUCUCGUCACGACCGCGAUUCUGAUUCGACCGGACCCCUCUCGGCAGUUUAUUCUCAUCACCGACUGGCAGCCGGAGGCUAUCUCGACCAUUCUGGCACAGAAGGGAAACGAUGGGAAGGAGCAUGUCAUCGAGUACGCUUCCCGGACGGUGCCAGACGAGCGACGAAAUGAUUCCGCGCCACAAGGACAAUGCUAUGCGGUAGUGUGGGUGCGGUUGCAAGAGUAUGAGUUUGACAUUGUUCAUCGAAGAACGGAGAGACACAGCAACGCCGACGGACUGACACGUUUGCACCGACCCGGUCGACCCGCGCUUGGUGCCCCACGUCACCUCGCGCACGCUGUCGCCGUAUCUUCAGUGGUCAGCUUGCGUGGAGGGUUUCCCAUCGAGAAUUCCGCCUUCACGGUUGGAUUAUUUGGAUCCACUCGACAUCGUGGAUCCCGCGUUCUACAUACCGCCGUACGAGGACGAAUUGGAGUCCCGGAAGAAAGUUCGGAGGAAGAGAAGAAGAAUCCGAACGAAAACGGAGGGGAGCCAACACAGCAACAAGAAGGAGAAGAAGACGAGCUCCUGCAAACGGAGAACGAAGAGGAAGCAGAAGAAGAAGACAGCGAGCAAGGGAGCGGUGACGACAUCGGCACGCCGACGAGGAUCCCCAACUAGAAAUUGCGCCGGUUGUUGAUCUUCCGAUCAGCAACGAUCCA